AUGCAAAGGGAAUCCCAGAUGAUCCAGAAGCUGGUCCGGCAUUUGCCGUUAGUUCGAGUAGUAAUGAUGGUACCCAAGGUGUCCCGGGUGCUAUUCCUGGUGGUCCACCUGCUGGUGGUAGUACGCAACAAGAUACUGAACCAAAGGCCGUUACUGAACCAGAUGUUGCACCCCAGAAACCAGAAUUACCUUCUGUAUCAGGAAGGAAAGGUCCAGUUGUACAUACACCAACAAACAAAUAAUAAUAUCAACCCUUCCGAACUCCUUACCCCAUACCUUCCUUCCAUUCCUGUUCUAAUUGGUCUUUCUGCUAUGAGUUAUCUCCUUUUGAAGUACUUUGGAAUGCUUCGUAAGGCAAGAAAACGUUACAGAAGAGCUUAUGAAGUAUCUGGUCCUCCUCCCUUGGAAGAACAACCUCUUGGUCAUGUGGGCGACCAGGCAGAUGGUCCACAUGAAUAUACCUUAGUAAAGGAACGAAAACAACCAAGAUCUGUUCCAACAGGAAGGAAGAAACAAGUUGGUAAACGUCCUGUUGGUCAACGUACCAUUAUUGAUAUUCAUUUAGAAAUCUUAGACGAAUGUCAAAGGGAAGAUGUGCAUUCGACGAGGGAAGACUUUUUUGAAAUUUUGGUUCACGAAAUUAUGGGAAGCCAAUUUAUAAAGGAGGAAAAGGUUCCUAAGGAAGAUGUUCCGAAGCAAGAUGUUCAAAGUUAA